AAAAUCCCCAAUUUCAAUUCUCAUGCCCUAAAAUUCCCAAAUUCGAAAAUCUUCAAAAGCCUCUCCAUUUUUGUUCGUUUGAACUCGAAAACUCCAAUUUCAUAGCCAUUUUCUGCAGAUAUGAGUUUAGAAAUCUCGAGUGUUGGGGAAGAAGGAAGUGGGAACCGUGGGUUUCCUUCAAAGUGUCGUUGUGGUAGAGAUGUCGUCAUCUAUACAUCAAGCUCGAAGAAGAAUCCGGGAAGACCUUACUUUCGAUGUCCAACCUAUCAAGAUGACCAUUUGUUUAAAUGGGUUGAAGAUUGUGUGUAUGAAGAGGUUGUAGAUGCAAUACCGAGAAUCUCUAUCAUUGACAGCGAGGUAAACAAUGCCAAAUCGGAGGUUGCUCGAGAUUGCUGA